AUGGGUGCAUUAGUGACACGCAAUCGUUCUGAAUUACACAAUCAAUUCAGAUUUAUACAAAUGGCUGUAGGAGCUGUUCCAUCACCAUUCGACUGUAUGUUGUGUCUCAGAGGAUUACGGACACUUCCAUUACGAAUGAAAGCUCAUAUGCGAAAUGGACUUAUAGUGGCUAUGAUGCUUGAAAAACAUCCAAUGGUGGAAAAAGUUCUACACCCAGGUUUGAAAUCAUUCCCUCAACAAGAUAUUGUUGCUAAACAAAUGCAUGGUUUUAGUGGCAUGAUAACUGUGUAUCUACGAUGUACAGGUGAACAGACUAAAGUGUUCCUUGAACAUUUAAAGAUUUUUACACUGGCUGAAAGCUUGGGUGGCUAUGAAAGUUUGAUUGAAAUUCCAUCCAUUAUGACGCAUGCUUCAGUCCCCGAGGAAAUUCGUAUGGCUAAUAAAAUCACUGAGAACAUGGUUCGUCUGUCCAUAGGCCUCGAAGAUCCAAAGGAUUUAACACUAGAUCUAUACGGCGCGUUAGAUAAAUUGAACGAAGAAUGA